AGGUUAUAUUAUUUUCGAAAAUAUAUAACCCGCGAACUUUAACUGGAAAGCGACAUUACUGAUGCACUUUUGAAAAUAAUUUACAAAUCUCCUACAUUCUCUUACGCAACCUAAAUCUAUUUCUCCUCUUGUGACUUAUAGUAUUGAAAUUACGUCCGAAAAUAAGUCAAGAGGAAUCAGUCUCACAGAGCUACGCGGCUUUAAGCGUAAUGCAAAUGAAAGGUAACGAGGCGCAUGCUAUGCGAAGUGGUUAAACAUCGCUGAAUGAAACAGUAUGUGAUAGAAACAAUUUUAAACGUUAACUGCAUUUAAGACAGAAACUGUAUAUAAUAACUACAUCAUGACGAUAAUAGAUUACGUGCAAACAUUAUCCGAUAAUCCGUAUUUCGGAGCUGGUUUUGGACUGUUUGGGUUAGGUGCUGGGGCAGCCUUGUUACGAAAAGGAAUGCAAGCAGGAAUGAUACUGUUCAGACGACAUUAUAUGAUCACCUUAGAGGUUCCAUGCCGUGAUAAAAGCUACCAAUGGCUGUUGCAAUGGAUUACACAUAAAGGUGCAAGGAAGACGCAACAUCUGUCUGUUGAAACAAGUUUUGAGCAAAGAGAAACAGGUCACAUAAAAACUAGAUAUGAUUUCAUACCGAGUAUUGGAACACAUUUUAUUAGAUACGAAGGGAAUUGGAUAAAGGUAGAACGAACUAGAGAGCAGCAAACGUUGGACAUACAGAUGGGUAUACCAUGGGAAACGGUACAACUUACAGCCUUUGGAAGGAAUAGAAAUAUUUAUUUUAAUAUUUUAGAAGAGGCCAGGCAAAUGGCAUUGAAAGAAUAUGAAGGCAAAACGAUAAUGUAUACUGCAAUGGGAAGUGAAUGGAGACAAUUUGGACAUCCCAGAAAACGAAGGCCUCUAAAUUCGGUAGUUUUAGACUGUGGAGUUGCGGAAAGGAUAAUAAGUGAUUGUCGUGAAUUUAUGACAAAUCCUUCGUGGUAUAGCGAUCGUGGAAUUCCGUAUCGGCGAGGAUAUUUAUUAUAUGGCCCUCCGGGUUGUGGUAAAUCAUCGUUCAUUACUGCGUUAGCUGGUGAAUUAGAACUAGGCAUAUGUGUUUUAAAUUUAUCAGAACGAGGUUUAACAGAUGACAGAUUGAAUCACUUAUUAGCGGUAGCACCGCAACAAACUAUUAUUCUAUUAGAAGACAUUGAUGCUGCCUUCGCUAGCCGAGAAGAAAGCAAAGAAAUUAAAGCUGCAUACGAUGGUUUAAAUAGAGUUACAUUUAGUGGUUUAUUAAAUUGUUUGGAUGGCGUUGCUUCUACAGAAGCGCGAAUUUUGUUCAUGACAACCAAUUAUUUAGAAAGAUUAGACCCUGCGUUAGUUAGGCCUGGUAGAGUAGAUGUAAAAGAGUAUAUAGGUUGGUGUAGUGCAAAACAAGUGGAACAAAUGUUUCUAAGAUUCUAUAAGAAUAUCGAUGACAGAGCAAAUGAACUUGCUAAACAGUUCACAGAAUCCUUAAUGUCGCAAAAGAAACAGGUUAGCCCAGCGCAAAUUCAAGGGUUCUUUAUGUUUUAUAAAAACAGUCCUGACGAUGUGUUGAAAAAUGUAUCACAUAUAUGGCAACUAACGUGAUAAAUCAUAUCGUUUAAUAAUGCUGAACUUAAUUUUGAAUUAAGUUGAAUUUUUAUAAUAAUAGACUCAAUAGUCGUGAGAGAUAUACAUCUAAGAGUAGGAAAAUAUACAAUUUUAAACAUUGUAGACCGUCUGUUUUCGAUCCUGAAAUCUCUGAAUGUGAAUGAACGUAUAAACAGUAAUAGUAACAACAAUAACAAUACAAAUUUUCUACUU